AGGGAUGUGUUGGGGAGAGAGGGAUGUAUGGGUAGUGUUGAGUGACUCCCUCUAUAGUCGAGUCAUUGUUUUGAGUGUUUGUUGUGUUGUCUCGACUAUGACUCAAAACAAUGAGUGAUUGAGUGAUUGUUGGCAUCGCAUCACCAAUUGAUCCCAUUUUUGGCCAUCCAUUCACACUAUUGUCUCCCAAUUGAUCCCCACAUAUAUCCAGUGUUUUGCAUAGCAUUGUUGUGUCCAUUAAAUGGCAUUCAUUUGAUCCGUAAAGACAAUCAAUUGAAUGGUAUUUAACGCCAUUUUGACGCAAACCAUACAAAACAAGUGAUUAUUGUUUGAAUGAAUUAAUGAUUAAAUGUUUUGAACAUUGAAUGCAAUUAUAAGUGAUUUUUAUGACAAUUAAAGCGAUUAUAAAUCGCGCGACAAAUAAGCGUUUCGUUUGGCAUUUGAAUCGAUUAUUACAACUCAUUGAACGACACAUUCAUUGCCAGUGAUUAUCGGAUCCAUUGAUUUGUGUCCGCUCUCUAUGUCUUCGCCGACAUCGACACCAAAUAACAUGAACUCUUCGCGCCUUCAGAACAGUCAGGCGUCGAGUCUUCGCAACACAGACUUGGAUCACAUUUGGGGUGAUCUGAAGACUGGCAUCGAACAGGUCUACACCAAUAAGAGGCAAAAUAUGCCCAAAAACCGUUACAUGGAGUUAUACACACAUGUCUACAACUACUGCACUUCAGUCCAUCAGACGAACACCAGAUCGCCGACCAUUUCGGCCAAUAAUGUGCUCCAAAACGUGAGCCCAAACCUGACGGCCAACGGUUCCCGAAACAAGAAAGGCGUGACUCAGGGCGGCGCCCAAUUCGUGGGCUUUGAGCUCUACAAACGUCUCAAAGACUUCCUCGAGGGUUAUCUGAAACACUUGUUGAAGGAUGGAACCGAUCUUAUGGACGAAGAAGUGCUUAGAUUUUAUACCAAACAAUGGGAGGAAUACCAGUUCUCGAGCAAAGUAUUGAACGGCAUCUGCUCUUAUCUGAACCGCCAUUGGGUUAAAAGAGAGUGCGAUGAGGGGAGGAAAGGCAUCUAUGAGAUCUAUCAGUUGGCGUUGGUUUCAUGGCGUGAUUGUCUGUUCCGAGAGCUCAACCAACCCGUCACUAACGCUGUCCUCAAACUCAUCGAAAAGGAAAGGAGCGGCGAAACCAUAAACACUCGACUAGUGAGCGGUGUUAUGAACUGUUACGUGGAGUUGGGUUUGAACGAAGAGGACCCUCAGGCCAGAGGUCCGAACCUAUGUGUAUAUCACGACGCUUUCGAAAUAAAGUUCUUCGAAGACACCGAACGGUUCUAUAAGAUGGAGAGCCGUCUCUUUCUGGACAAGAAUCCGGUGACCGAAUACAUGAAGAAAGCCGAACAACGACUGACCGAAGAACAGAAAAGAGUUCAGUUAUAUCUUCACGAAAACACAUUAAGCCCUUUGGCUAAAGUCUGUGAGAAAGUCCUCAUUGAAAAUCAUUUGGAAAUAUUUCACUCAGAGUUUCAGAACCUUCUGAAUGACGACAAGAACGAAGAUUUGGGUCGAAUGUUUCAAUUGGUUCAAAGAAUACCAAAUGGUUUGGGAGAACUCCGUAACCGAUUGGAGGCACACAUUCACAAUCAGGGACUCAAUGCAAUCGAAAGGUGCGGUGAAUCUGCGCUCAACGAUCCCAAGAUCUAUGUGACCACUACUCUCGAGGUUCACAAGAAAUACAACGCUUUAGUUGUGGACGCGUUCAACAAUGACGCCGGCUUUGUGGCCGCACUCGACAAGGCGUGCGGAAAGUUUAUAAACAAUAACUCAAUCACUCGUUUGGCCAACUCUUCGAGCAAAUCGCCAGAACUUCUCGCAAAAUACUGUGAUUUACUUCUGAAGAAAACUUCCAAAAUUCCAGAGGAAACUGAAUUGGAAGAGACACUCAAUCAAGUGAUGAUUGCUUUCAAAUACAUUGAAGAUAAAGAUGUCUUUCAGAAGUUUUAUAGUAAAAUGUUAGCCAAACGUUUAGUUCAACACAUGUCUGCCAGUGAUGACGCCGAGGCAUCCAUGAUCUCAAAGCUUAAGCAAGCCUGUGGUUUUGAAUACACGUCUAAAUUGCAGCGAAUGUUUCAGGACAUCGGCGUUAGUAAAGAUCUCAACGAACAGUUUAAGACUCAUCUCAUCAACUCUAACGAACCCCUCGACUGUUAGCACUUU